AUGUUUACGCCUGCGUUACUCACGGCGCAUAGCUGCGUCGGACACGUUCACCUAAUCCUCGGCUCAGGGCCUCUUGCUGCCGCCAGGUGCACAAAGUCUCUCGAGGUUGGCGCUCGACCGCUCGUUGUGUUUCCUGAGACUGAGGAACCCCACUUCACACUCGCCGCAGCCAUUGAGCAGGGCAAAGUGUCAUGGAUACAACGGGACUUGGAAGAGCGGGACCUGAAGACGUGGGGAAGAGAAGAAAUAGACGGAUAUGUGGACGCGGUGUUUGUCACUCUCCCCGCGAAAGAUCCUCGCAGCUCCCACGUGUCCAGCCUCUGCAAGCGCAUGCGGAUACCGGUCAAUGUCGUGGACGCACCGAACCUUUGCACGUUCACGCUCUUGUCGACCUAUUCAGACGGCCCUCUCCAGAUUGGAAUAACCACAUCGGGCAACGGCUGCAAGCUAUCGUCGCGCAUUCGACGUGAGAUUGUGUCCACCCUACCACCGAAAUUUGGCGCUGCUGUCGAGAGACUGGGUACUGUGCGGAGGCGGAUAUGGGCAGAGGACUACAAGUCGAAUGCCUCAAAUCCCAACGAGGUACCUGAUGCUGAGGGCGAGGACGAAGAAGCUGCGGCGCAGAAACAUACCUUCAACUCAUUAGUGAAGGAGGACGAUCGAGAUCCAGCUGUUUUGCGCACUCGUCGGAUGAGAUGGCUCUCGCAGAUAUGCGAGUACUGGCCCCUGAAUCGACUUGCAGCAAUCACGGAUGCCGACGUGGCAGCAAUACUAGAAGCGUACAGAACCACCGCACAGACUCCUGGCCCUGGUUCAGACAACACCUCUAGUCUCCUUCCGUCGCUACCUCCCCGCAAAGGCACGAUAACCUUGGCUGGAUCGGGCCCAGGGCAUCCUUCUCUGCUGACGAUUGCCACCCGGACAGCCAUAGAAACGGCUCAUGUCAUCUUGGCUGACAAGCUUGUUCCUGCCGAAAUCCUGGCUCUGAUCCCUCGUAGGACGCCCGUCCAUAUCGCCCGAAAAUUCCCUGGCAAUGCGGAUGCAGCGCAGGAGGAGAUGCUUCACAUGGGGCUGGAGGCUAUGGAACAAGGCAAGGAUGUGCUCCGACUGAAGCAAGGUGAUCCUUAUCUCUACGGUCGCGGAGCUGAAGAGGUGACCUUUUUCCGAGAACGAGGUUUCGAGGUCAGGGUGAUACCGGGCAUUACCAGCGCCCUCUCGGCACCCAUGUUUGCUGAUAUCCCAGUGACUCAUCGAGCUGUUGCCGACCAGGUCGUCAUCUGUACCGGAACCGGUCGAAAGGGGGCUGCGCCGGAGCCACCAUCCUAUAGAAAGAGCAAGACCGUGGUGUUUCUCAUGGCUCUGCACAGAUUAGACAGCUUGGUCAAAAGCCUGACACAAGCUCCGGAAGAUCAGAACCAGGAAGCGGCCCGACGGGUACUCUGGCCAUCCAGUACACCAUGCGCCGUGAUUGAAAGAGCCAGCUGUCCGGACCAGAGGGUGAUCCGAUCAACCCUCCAGCAUGUCUGUCAGGCUGUGGAGGUAGAAGGAUCCAGACCGCCCGGCUUGCUCGUUGUUGGCCAUUCUUGUGAGGUCCUUUACAAGGCCGAUCAAGAUAAGAGAUGGAGAGUUGAGGAGGGCUUUAGAGGUCUGGACGCUGGCGGAUCAGCUGCUUCAGAGUUGAACAUCCUCAAAGAGUUGGAGAAUAUCCCGUCGAGAGAGAUCAAGGAGCGGCUCAAAGUCAAUGGAGAACCGCAUCCUGCUAUAACAGCCUGA